CCCCGCCCCGGCAGCGCAGGGCAGGGCCGGCCCCGCCGCGGGCUCGGCCCGGGCAGGUGGCAGCCCGGACCCUUUUCCCUGAAACACCUCCCGGGCCCUGGCAGCCGCCGCGCCUGGCAGGCGGGCUGCAGGGCCGCGCCGGCCGGCCGAGGCGGAGGAUGAAGCAGGCGCUGGUGGACGACACCGAGGAUGUGUCCCUCGACUUCGGGAGCGAGGAGGAGCUGGCGCUGCGGAAAGCAAAGAUCAGGCACCCACUGGCCACCUUUUUCCACCUGUUUUUCCGAGUGAGUGCUAUUAUUACCUACUUGUUCUGUGACUGGUUCAGCAACAGUUUUGUUGCCUGUUUUGUCACUAUUCUCCUUCUUCUAUCCUUUGACUUUUGGUCAGUUAAGAACGUGACAGGAAGACUCUUAGUUGGUUUGCGUUGGUGGAACCAGAUUGAUGAAGAUGGAAAAAGCCACUGGGUGUUUGAAGCAAAAAGGGUGCCUACAAUAGCUGCCUCAACUGAAGCUGAAGCUCGAAUCUUUUGGCUUGGCCUCAUUAUCUGUCCAGUUAUUUGGACAAUGUUUUUCUUUAGCACCUUGUUCUCCUUGAAGCUGAAAUGGCUGGCUCUUGUGAUAGCUGGGAUCUCCCUUCAGACUGCUAAUUUAUAUGGCUACAUCCACUGCAAAGUAGGGGGACAAAAAAGCAUCAGCAGAGUAACUUCAAGGUUUUUUGUCACAGCGGAUGUUCCCAAGAGUAGACAGACAAGGAGGAUUUCAGGAGGCCACAUUGAAGUACAUGGGAAGACAGGCACUAGAUAAUGAAAUAAAGAACUAAAAGGAUGAGCAGUAAAAAUACUCACUUAUGAAAGCUGUUCUUCAUAUGAAGGUAUUUAAGUAAAGCACUUCUACAAUUAUACCUGCAUGAAAUAAUAAGGAUUUUAUGUAAUUUGUGUUUGAGUCUUUAGAUUCUGAAAGGUUUUAGAGUCUGUGUUACUUAAAAGUGUCACCAAAAAGCAGUUUGUAUAGGCACAAAAACAAUGCUUAUGGUUUAUACAGACCACACUUCCUUGAAAAAAAAAAAAAAAAAAAUCUGCCAACUAACAUGAAACUGUUGGGUUAUCUUAACCAAGAAUUAGAAUGUAAUCAGAAGACAAUGCUCGUUUGUUUAAUUUUGGAACUACAAUAAAGAAAAUCAAACUA